ACACCCCUUGGUCCCUAAGCAGAACGAGAAUGAGACCCGAUUUCAGCCUCACACAAACGUCAGUAACCCACAAACUCUCUUCCUUCUCCGUUGUUCUCUCGAAGAACCGCCGACAGCAUCGCCGCCGCGCUCGCCGCGCUCGCCGCCGGUUGGCCCUCCUCAUCCUCCUCCACUACUCUUGGUUUUUGUGGAAGCUGGUGUUCUAGUGGAUCUGUGCCAAAAGAUGGGUAGUACAUUCAAUCCACAGAUUUUAGUGGAAAAACUGUCCAAGCUGAAUGCUUCACAAACAAGCAUAGAGACUUUGUCACAUUGGUGCAUUUUUCAUAUGAAUAAAGCCAAACAAGUUGUUGAAACAUGGGAUAGACAAUUUCACUGUUCUCCACGUGACAAGAGAUUGGCAUUUUUGUAUCUUGCAAAUGAUAUUUUACAAAAUAGCAGGCGAAAAGGCUCUGAAUUUGUAGGUGAAUUCUGGAAAGUUCUCCCCGAUGCUCUUCGAGAUGUGAUUGAACAUGGUGAUGAGUUUGCAAGGAAUGCAGCACUUCGGCUGAUUAGCAUAUGGGAAGAUAGAAAAGUUUUUGGUUCUCGUGGUCAACUUCUCAAGGAAGAGUUUGGUGGGAAGCAUGCGGAGAACGAUGACCGUGAUGCUAAACCUUUGAACAUGAAACUGCGGUCAUCUGCUGGGAAUGCAUUGGACAAAAUAGUUGCAGGUUAUCGUGUUAUUUAUGGAGGGCAGACAGAUGAGGAGGCUGUAUUGAGCAAAUGCAGAAAUGCCAUUAGCUGCGUUGAGAAAACAGACAAGGAAAUAGGUCAUGAUAGUAAUUCAGGGCAAUUCCAUGGAUCUGCAGUAGUGGAUGAACUCCAGGGACAUAAUGCCAUACUUCGGGACUGCAUUGAGCAACUAGCAGCUAUAGAAUCAUCUAGAGCUAGCCUUGUAUCUCAUCUGAGAGAGGCUUUACAGGAACAGGAAUUCAAGCUGGGUCAACUCCGAAGCCAGAUUCAGGCCGCACGAGUUCAGUCAGAACAGGCAGGUAGCACCUGUCAACAGUUACUUGGUGGCAACAAUAUUCAGUCAUUACCUGAACAGGUUUCAAAGGAAAAUAAAUCCUCCAUGGCAACUUCAAGUUUUAUAUCUGGUGAUAGGGAACAAUCAGCUCCAUCAAUGUAUGCACCACAAAUGUCUUUUCCUAAAAGUUCUGGACACAUUGACGAAGAUCCACGAAAGUCUGCAGCUGCUGCAGUGGCAGCGAAACUUACAGCUUCGACAUCAUCCGCCCAGAUGCUGUCUUAUGUGCUUUCUUCCUUAGCAUCUGAAGGGGUCAUAGGCAAUCCGAUUAAGGAGUCCACGUCCCCGGCAGAUUAUCAAUCUGAAAAGAGGACUAAGCUUGAGAAUGAUCAGUCAUCUUAUGUACCUUCUCAGAAUCCUCAACAACCGCAACUCCCUCCGUUUUCUGUUCCUGAAUCUAUGCAACAAAGUGCGACUAUGGCCCCGCAAUCUACUCCGAGUGAUCAACCACCCCUACCUUCCUCAUCUCCUCCUCCAUUGCCACCACUACCGCCAAUGCCGCAGUACCCUGUGUCACCGUUCAUGCAGAAUGCUGGAUCAAUUAGCAGCAUGUCAUACACCUAUGGCAUGGCCCAGCCAUCGUCUCUGGCUCCCUAUCCGAUGGUUGGUGCUUCCAUGAAUAAUGUCCCUUUUACACCUGCUCCAAUGAGUACAUAUCAGGGUUUCCAGGGUUCAGAUGGAAAUUACUAUAACCAACCGACGUCAAUGCCUAUGGCCCCAAUCUCUCGACAAUGAUUCGUGGUCCUUAGAGCUACCACUACGACGAGGUAAGGAAAGGCUGCCGAGAAAGACUCGGCACCUCCUUCACCCAUAACCUUGCUAUUCGAAUCUGAUUUUUACUACAAUCAGAUGUGCACAUAGUAAUUGUUGUGUAACCUCUGUAGUCAUUGACUGUUACUAAUUUUCUAGAGUUACAGCAUUUUUCAUUCUGUUUCGCAGUGAGGAUAAUAACGGUUUUGUCGAGUUAGAGUUAUUUAUCUUUUAAUGUUUGUAAAACUUAGCUGAUAUUAAUUCCUGUAGUGGGCAUGUCAUUACUGAUGUAGUCCUCAUCAGUCAAAGCCAGCUUGCAAAUCUUCAAAUUCAAAUGAUUUGCAUCUUCCUUGCAAGCAGGCAAUAUGUUUAUUUUUAGUGUCACAGUUGUAUGUAUAGACGGGCUGUGUUUGUAUUUAUGGAUCUAUUUUUACGUGUUGCUGGAGUCAGAAACCAUGUAGUAGGGCCCCAGUUCAAUUAUAAACAAAAUCUUCAGUUCUACCAUCGCUUCUUUUACUUUUGUUGAUAUGAAUUUUAGUUUAAGCUAAUUUGUGGAUGAGAUAGGAAACUAGGAAUUAAGAGAAUGAAUGGAAUUGAAAGAAAUGCUGCGGUUCCUUUGGUUUGUUUAUGUUUGUAAUUAUA